CGGCAGCCAUGGUGCGGAACGUGGACGACCUGGAAUUCCACCUGCCCUCGCACGCCCAGGACACGCUGGACGGGCUGCAGCGGCUGCGCUCCCAGCCCAAGCUGGCCGACGUCACGCUGCUGGUGGGCGGCCGGGAGCUGCCCUGCCACCGCGGCCUCCUGGCGCUCAGCAGCCCCUACUUCCACGCCAUGUUCGCGGGCGACUUCGCGGAGAGCUUCUCCGCGCGCGUGGAGCUGUGGGACGUGGAGGCCGCGGUGGUGGGGCAGCUGGUGGACUUCGUGUACACGGGCCGGCUGACCAUCACCCAGGCCAACGUGGAGGUGCUGACCCGCACGGCCACGCGCCUCCACUUCCCCGCCGUGCAGAAGGCCUGUGGCCGCUACCUGCAGCAGCAGCUGGACGCCAGCAACUGCCUGGGCAUCUGUGAGUUCGGGGAGCAGCAGGGGCUGCUGGGAGUGGCCGCCAAGGCCUGGGCCUUCCUGCGGGAGAACUUCGAGGCCGUGGCCCGGGAGGAUGAGUUCCUGCAGCUGUCCCAGGACCGGCUGGCCACCUGUCUGGCCAGUGACCUGCUGCAGGCGCAGCCGGAGCAAAGCCGGCUGGAGGCCCUGCUGCGCUGGGUGCGCCACGACCCGCAGGCCCGGGCCGCCCACCUGCCCCAGCUGCUCGGCCUGGUUCGCCUGGAGGCCGUGCCCAGGCCCCACGUGCAGCAGCUGCUGACCACGGAGCCGCUGAUCCUGGAGUCCGAGGCGUGUCGGGCGGCCCUGUCGCAGGGCCACAGCGGGGCUCUGCCGCAGCAGCUGGAGGAGGUGCUGGUGGUGGUGGGCGGCCGGGCCCUGGAGGAGGACGAGGGCGCCGAGGAGCCCGCCCCCCGCCUCGGGAACUUUGAUUUCUACAAUACCAAAGCCAGGCGGUGGGUGCCUCUCCCGGACUUCCCCGACUUCCACAAGUGGGGCUUCUCCCUGGCCGCCCUGAACAACAGCAUCUACGUCACAGGUGGCUCCCGGGGCACCAAGACGGACACCUGGUCGACCACCCAGGCCUGGUGCUUCCCCAUGAAGGAGGCGGCCUGGAAGCCGGUGGCGCCCAUGCUGAAGGCCCGCACGAACCACGCCAGCGCAGCGCUCAACGGGGAGAUCUACGUCAUCGGUGGCACCACUCUGGACGUGGUGGAAGUGGAGAGCUACGACCCCUACACCGACACCUGGACACCCGUCAGCCCGGCCCUCAAGUACGUCAGCAACUUCUCGGCGGCCGGCUGCCGGGGCCGGCUCUACCUGGUGGGCUCCAGCGCCUGCAAAUACAACGCACUGGCCCUGCAGUGCUACAACCCAGCCACAGAAGCGUGGAGCGUGAUCGCCUCGCCCUUCCUCCCCAAGUACCUGUCCUCUCCGCGCUGUGCUGCCCUGCAGGGGGCGCUCUACCUGGUCGGCGACAACACCAAGAAGGUCUACGUGUACGACCCUGGGGCCAACCUGUGGCAGAAGGUGCAAUCUCUGCACAGCCUACACGAGAACGGCGCGCUGGUGCCGCUGGGUGACGCGCUGUACGUGACAGGUGGCCGCUGGCAGGGCAUGGACGGCGACUACCACGUGGAGAUGGAGGCCUACGACCCUGGACGGGACGCCUGGAUCCGCCACGGCGCCCUGCCCCGCCUCUGGCUGUACCACUGCGCGUCCGCCGUGUUCCUGGACGUGUCCAGGUGGACCCAGCCUUUCGGCCCCGCCCCGGAGCACUGAGCGGGCGGAGCCCCGGCGCCCCUGUUCCCUUCUGCUUGUUUGUUCUCGCGGCUGGGGCUGGGCUCAGGCCCCCACACUGCUCUGAGCUGGGCGCCGCAGGGGCCGGGACGCUGGACCCCGAACUGGUGGAGAGGCAGCUCCCAGCCCACAGGGGUGCCUGACCUGACAGGAAGGCGCCGAGGGUCCGGGCAGAGCUGUGAGGACUGGUGGGCGGCCCCGGAGAGGGCUUAUGUACGAGGGGUGACGGACACGGAAGGUGCUGGGGAGGGCGGGCCGCCUGGCCCACAGCUGUGUGACCAGGUCCAGGGCACGCGGGCCAGCUCCGGGGGCUCUCGGCUUGCCCUGCGCUCCCCCUUCACCUCUGCACGUUGGCGCCUGUUCCCCAAGGCUGCUUCUGGGGACAAAGGAGGACCCCACCCCUGGAGGGCAGCACCCAACC